CUCCAGCACGUAGAGGUGUCUAUGUUCCUUUUUCCUGUUUUGUAUUUUCCUCUCUCUGGAGCUGCUUUCCGCUCCGUUCGUCUGCUGGGGUUUCUGCAGCCACUUAAUAGUCAAUAACGAUGGAAAAAACGAGCGAGCUGAAAAUGUUGCUGGAGUCAUCUCUGAAGCGGAUAUUUCGGGCGACUGUGAUUGAGAUUCUAGACCAGGUGGAGCAGACCCUCUCUGAGUACCAGGGAACGAUCCAGAAGAUCCAGACCGAGAACGAAAGCUUGAAGCGGCUGCUGUCUGCACAGAUGAGCGCAGAGUCCGACGAUGAAUGCCUGCUGUCCUCAGAUGGAUCUGAAGGAGAUACAGCUGAACAGUUUUCUGGCUCAAAUUGGAACAAUCACCCUAUUAUCUCCAACCACACUGUGUGCAAGGUGUCCACCAGUGACGAGACAAGUUUCAGGAAGAAAGAUGUGGGAAAUCUGAAGGAGAGUAAAUCCUCUCCACCUUUCUUUUUGCAGAUGGGUCAAUUAGAAGAAGAGUUAUGUGUGGACAAGUCUAGUAGGAUUACAGUUCCUGUGGAAACAGUACCUAAUUUGGAAGAAAGUGGUUUGAAACCAGUAGAAAAUGAGAGCUCAGAGGUUACUUGUGAUGCAUUGACCGACGUGCAUCAGCUGCAUCCUUCAAGGCCUAAACAUGAAUCUAGAGGGAGUGACCACAGUGUUAAAGUCACUGUUGUUUCUGAUGACUCCACACAGGAGGGACAUUUUAUCAAGAUUAAGGAAAAAGAGGGUGAAGCACUGCGAGGCAAUAAAGGUGAUGGUUUGUCUCAGCCAGAGCUGAAAUAUGCAGGGAAGUAUCAGGAAGCGGAUCAGAAAUGUUUGGACCGAGAAAGCAAGCAGGAUGUAGAGCAAGAGGAAGGGACAUUUGAGGAAAAUAAUUCAACCUUUGUUGCUGAAGAAGAUACCCAAGAAAAAAGCAGCAACAUUUUACGCUGUCCAAACAGUCCAAAGACAUGUAGCCAAGCAGCUUUGCUCAAUGCUCAAAUCAACACUCACAGCAAGCGUAAACCUCGGAGCUGCAACAUUUGUGGGAAAAGCUUCAGGUGGGCCACUGAGCUCUUAUACCACAAGCACACCCACACCGGAGAAAGACCGUAUGGCUGCAACCUCUGCAGCAAGGCGUACGCCAAUCCCAAACAGCUCAGCAGGCACAGGCGCAUCCACACCGGAGAGAAGCCAUACGUCUGCCAGCAGUGUGGGAAAACAUUCAGAGACUCUGGAAACCAUCUGCAGCAUAUGAAAACCCACACGGGGGAGCGGCCUCAUUGCUGCACUCAGUGUGGUAAGAAGUUCAGCAGUAUCGGGCACCUCAAAGCGCAUUACAGGAUCCACACUGGGGAGAGGCCUUAUGGCUGUAAACAGUGCAGUAAGUCGUUCAGCCAGGGUUCACAACUCAAGGCCCACAUGCGGGUGCACACUGGAGAAAAGCCGUACAGCUGCGACGAGUGCGGCAAGAAAUUCACUCGGUCCAAUGCUGUAAAGCUGCACCGGAAGACUCACAUGUAGGAGGAGUACAGCUGCACAUACUGCAAAAAAAACGUGAGCAGGCCCUUCGCCUGAGGAGACACCAAGGAGAAGGUCUUUUUCUGCAGUCAGUCUGGGACAACCUUCACCGGUACAUGAUCCUUGAAAAAGCACCUCCAGGAAGAAUCCAGGAAGGACAAGUGAGGCUGCAAGAAAUCCAGUAGGGUCUGCGUCUGAGCCUAUAGAUAUUACAAAAACUUCCAUUAGAAUAAAAUAUCCUUUAUUGUACCAUAAUGGGAGAAUUCGACGUGACAGUGGUAAAGAUGCAGACAGUUUACAGUAGUAAAAAAACAAGCUAAUCUAAAUUAGUUCUAAAACUAGAGAGAGAGAACACAUGUAGAGGCAGAUGACCCAAUAUGAGACUUAAUAUAUAAAUUGUCCAUGUAAACAUUUCUAGUUUUAGUCCACUUUUGUCAAAUUCCUUAUGCCUGUAUUUGUUGAAUCAUGUGUUGUAAUUUUUCUCAACCAAAUUAAAAUGCGCCAUGUAAAAGGCCAAAUUUCUUGCUUUGAAAUCCUUGCUUUUCACAAUCAAAUCUUUCAGUUGUGGUCUGUAUAAAGUGGAACUGGAGUGCUUUGGUGUGAAUUCUUUGUCAGUGAAGCUCUAAAGACCCUUCUUGUAACCAUUAUCAGCAGCCACUGAGACCAGGUCUUUUUCAUGUCGUAUUGAUGCUCCCCUUUGCACCCUGCUGCCUACCAUCUGCCACAGCGUUCCACUCCACCCUGGUCACCAUUUUUUUGUAGUGUAAAGACAAUCAAAGAAAGUACAUUUUCCACAAUUUGCAUCUGAAUGCACAAAGAUGUUACAACUUACCCUGGGCCAAGGGACAGUUGCAACAUUUGGGAUGGUUGUAAUAUGUUAAAAAUACCAUAUUUUUUUGUUACUAAUGAUUAUAAAUGUAUAUUAUUAAAAAUGUUAGAAUAUUGCAAUGUCAUUUAUAAAUUUUGAUCAGCUGAGUAUUAUUUGCCUAGAUGACUAGGCCUGAAGCCUGUAUGUCAAAAAAUCAAAAUGAAAUAGAAUACAAAAGGCUUUCAGUGAGAUGGGAAGAAUAGAAUUUGUGAUAGACGCAUGCAUUAUUAUUAGCAGUAGUAGUAAUAGUUUUUAUAUAUAUAUAGAUAGACCAUUCAGUGUAUUUACCACAGCACAUAAACACAUGGUUGUAAGCAGGGUUUAAACACCUGUCCCUGCUCUAGCCUAAUGAACUGUAUUCAAUUAAAAACUAAUUAAAAGAUGUUCAAGUAC